CUGACCUUGUGAUCCACCUGCCUUGGCCUACCAGGGUGCUGGGAUUACAGAUUUUUUUUUUUUUUUAAGUGUAAUUAUGUAGCAUUGUAUCAUAGUAAAACUAGCCAAAAAUAUGAAAGGAUAAAAAUAUGAUUCUGACCAUAAAAGGUAGUAUAUUAUGGUGGGUUCUUAAGCAAGCAUGAUAAUGGCGAAUUUGUUAACUUCUCAGGAGGAAAAAAAGCAAGAGCAGAAGUCGUAGUCAUGAACGAAAGAGAAGCAAAAGUAAGGAACGGAAGCGAAGUAGAGAUAGAGAAAGGAAAAAGAGUAAAAGCCGUGAAAGAAAGCGAAGUAGAAGCAAAGAGAGGCGACGGAGCCGCUCAAGAAGUCGAGAUCGAAGAUUUAGAGGCCGCUACAGAAGUCCUUACUCCGGACCAAAAUUUAACAGUGCCAUCCGAGGAAAGAUUGGGUUGCCUCAUAGCAUCAAAUUAAGUAGACGACGUUCCCAAAGCAAAAGUCCAUUCAGAAAAGACAAGAGCCCUGUGAGGGAACCUAUUGAUAAUUUAACUCCUGAGGAAAGAGAUGCAAGGACAGUCUUCUGUAUGCAGCUGGCGGCAAGAAUUCGACCAAGGGAUUUGGAAGAGUUUUUCUCUACAGUAGGAAAGGUUUGAGAUGUGAGAAUGAUAUCUGACAGAAAUUCAAGACGUUCCAAAGGAAUUGCUUAUGUGGAGUUCGUUGAUGUUAGCUCAGUGCCUCUAGCAAUAGGAUUAACGGGCCAACGAGUUUUAGGAGUGCCAAUCAUAGUACAGGCAUCACAGGAGAAUAAAGGCAGCCCCGUUGAUGACUGAAAAUGACAAAGCAUCCACCUAACAGACGAGGAAUCAGCUUUGAAGUGGGAGCCCAGUUGGAAGCCCGGGACCGUUUAAAAAACUGGUAUCCAGCUCACAUAGAAGACAUUGACUAUGAGGAGGGAAAAGUACUCAUCCAUUUCAAGCGCUGGAACCAUCGUUAUGAUGAGUAGUUCUGCUGGGACAGUCCUUAUUUACGCCCUUUAGAGAAAAUACAGCUGAGGAAAGAGGGCUUGCAUGAAGAGGAUGGAUCUUCUGAAUUUCAAAUAAAUGAGCAGGUCCUUGCUUGCUGGUCUGAUUGUCGUUUUUACCCGGCCAAAGUCACUGCUGUUAACAAGGAUGGUACUUACACUGUGAAAUUUUAUGAUGGAGUAGUUCAGACUGUCAAACAUAUUCAUGUCAAAGCUUUUUCCAAAGAUCAGAAUAUUGUGGGUAAUGCUAGGCCUAAAGAAACAGAUCACAAAAGUCUUUCAUCAUCUCCUGAUAAACGAGAGAAGUUUAAAGAACAGAGAAAAGCCACAGUGAAUGUGAAGAAAGACAAAGAAGAUAAACCCUUAAAGACAGAAAAGCGACCCAAGCAGCUUGAUAAAGAAGGAAAGUUAAUCUGUUCUGAAAAGGGGAAAGUAUCAGAGAAAAGUCUUCCCAAGAACGAGAAGGAAGACAAGGAAAACAUUUCAGAAAACGACAGGGAGUAUUCUGGAGAUGCCCAAGUGGAUAAGAAACCUGAAAAUGACAUUGUGAAGAGUCCACAAGAAAACUUGAGGGAACCCAAAAGAAAACGAGGCAGACCCCCUUCCAUAGCUCCUACUGGUGAGUUUUUCAAGUGGGCUCUGCAGUGGGCAAUGCCAGAGUAUUCUUCUGUGGCCCUUUGUGGUUCUUUGUAACUUGUAUACUUCAAUCCUUUGUUUUUGUGACUGAUUUUGAGUUUUCUUAUGAUCUGGAAACAAUUUGUGUUCAUGAAGCUGAAUUUAAGUGAGGCACAUAUCCAAGUUGGGAAUCUAAGUUGGGAAGUGUGUUCGUAACUGAGCUUCCUAAAGUAGUGGUUAACUGUUGACUGGAUACUUCAGCUUAUAUGAUAAACCUGAUAAACCAAGGCCUUUUGCUUGUGCUUUUUCAAAUGAUCUCAGUUUGAGUCAGCUUAAUAGAACCUGGAAUCAGGAAAUAGUGUUCUAAUGAGACAGAUGUGAAAGAAAAGUAGUAAAAAGGUAUGGGCUUCUGAAGGAGACGAGGACAAAGGAACAUUGGAGCUAGAAAAGCAU